UAAUUUUCUACCUAAAUGUCUAAUUUCAGUUUAUCUGCGCAAGCUCCAGCGGCCGUCAAAUCGCAUAACUUUCAUCCUGCUCAUCUGCACUUUAUCGGCAGGACUCCAUUAGUCUAUCGGAGUAUUGGCCAGGAGCUGGAACGUGCCGCUGCUGAAUAUGGCAAUACGGAAUCCAUUGUUUCAUGUCACGAAAAGAAGCGAUAUACUUAUCGCGGGCUCCUCGAGGAAGCCGAUCGUGUUGCUGCCGGCUUGCUGAAGCUUGGCUUGAAACAAGGCGACCAUGUGGGUAUUUGGACGCCAAAUAACGCACACUGGUAUCUGACGAUGUUGGGUAUAGCACGCGCCGGAUUGGUGUCGGUCGGCAUAAACCCAGCAUUUCAAGGUCCGGAAGUCGACUACUGCUUAAAAAAGGUUAAAGUGAAAGCGGUGAUAAUGCCUGAAACAUUUAAAACUCAAAAUUUCUAUGAGAUUAUGAAAAGUAUUUGCCCAGAGUUGCCAGACAGUGUUGAUGGAAGCAUCAAUAGCGCCAGCUUGCCUCACCUAAAGCGUGUCAUCGUCGACACAGGUAGCACUUUGAAAGGCGCGCUAAGUUAUGACGAAUUACUCAACCUGAGUAGUCUAGCCGAGCGCGAGGUUAUCACAAAGCUACAACGCCAUAUCGUACCUGAUAGCGGGUGCAACAUCCAGUUUACCUCUGGCACAACUGGUCAGCCAAAGGCAGCAGUAGUUUCGCAUUACAACUUCGUUAACAACGGCAUACACAUAGGUAAUCGUAAUGAACUGGACAGCACAUCACGCAUCUGCGUACAGGUUCCACUUUUCCAUGCGUACGGUGUGGUCAUCACAAUAAUGGCCGCUAUGACUCAUGGCAGCACUUUGGUUCUACCAGCAGCCGGUUUUAGUCCGGCCGACUCGUUACGCGCCAUUGUUGACGAAAAAUGCACAGUUAUCCAUGGCACACCCACAAUGUAUGUGGAUCUCAUCAAGAAGCAGAGAGAGUUGCAGUUGCCAUUGAAGACCGCAAAAAUGGCUGUUACCGGCGGAGCUCCAUGCUCGCCACAACUCUUCCUCGACAUUAAGAAUGUGCUUGGUUUGGAGCACGUGCGUACCGUUUUCGGCAUGACUGAAAGCACAGCAGUGAUUUUUCAAUCGCGUCCUGGUGAUAGUAUGGAGCAAAUUUUAAAUACCGUAGGCCAUUUGCAGGAUCAUGUUGAAGCCAAGGUGAUCGAUGCUGAAGGUAAAACCGUGUCCUUCGGCGAGCGUGGAGAACUUUGCGUGCGUGGCUAUGCUACAAUGCUGGGCUACUAUGAUGAUGAGACGAAAACGAAAGAGACCAUCGGACGUGACAAAUGGCUGAGAACUGGCGAUCAAUUUAUUCUGCAAGAGGAUGGUUACGGUCGCAUUGUGGGACGCCUGAAAGAGAUGAUCAUACGUGGAGGAGAAAAUUUAUUUCCGAAAGAAAUUGAGGAUUUUCUAAACACACAUCCGCAAAUUUGUGAAACUCAUGUGAUUGGUGUUCCAUGUGAACGUUUCGGUGAGGAACUGUGCGCCUUUGUACGAUUGGACGAUAGCUCUGCGAAGGUAUCACGUGAGGACAUUAAGGCGUUCGCUAAAGGAAAGUUGGCACACUUUAAGAUACCACGUUAUGUGAUACAAAUUAAGAAUUUUCCGAAAACUACAUCGGGUAAAAUACAGAAAUUCAAGCUCGCCGAAUUGUACGAAAAGGAGUACAGAACAAAAUUAGUAUCGAAGAUAUGAAUUAAAAACUGGCUGCAGCGAAAAAUGCAUGCAUUUAUUAGUUGUUAUGAGUGUAGAAUUUUAUAUUGCUCAUGCAUAAGCAUGUAAAAUUUUUUUUUUUUGAUAAAUUUUAUUAUUAAUGUGAAAAAAAUAUUAAAGGAAAAUAUUUUAUUUGUAUUUAUGAGCACUUUGCUUCGUGCCUGCGAAAGGGAUUGGGGAAUCGUUAGAAGCGGUAUUGGGCUAUAUCAGCCUGGUCGCCUUUCAAAGUACCUGGAGCAGAUGGAAUCUUCCCAAUUCAUCUCCAAAGGGUCCUUGCCAUCUUUUCCCCGUUUUAAUACCAUUUUUCUGGUCAGAGUAUGUUUGGGGACCCCUACGGCAAGAAGUGACUGACCAACCUGUCGACAAUACCGAUCAUACCGAUCCAAAAGCGUUCCGCCUUUCCUGCUGAAAUAAUCAUAAACAAGUAUACCAGAGUUAGUUUUCUUCUGAGAACAUCUGGGAUAAACGUCGAUGUGCCUAUCUUUCUACCGCCCACUUUUCUCCACAAGGAAAAUUUAAAAGUCCUUUGGAGGAACAAAGAGGUAGCCGUAGGUUGCUGCCUGAACGUAGAUAGGCUUUCUAUAGCACGCAUUACUCUCUUAUAGGCAACUUCGUUUGGUGAAUAGGGAGAACAUGAAGCCAAGAAAUGUGUACCACAGGGUGGAUGGUUUGUUAUCGCAAACAGAGGCGACAUCCCAAAAAAUGCGCUGAACAGAGUCACCAAUUAGUGUAGAAAAAAUGGGCUAAACUCUAAGAAGUUUAGUGAAAGAAAGCAGCAAAGUUUAGGUCCGCGCUGGCUAAGCUCAGUACACUCAAAGGACUAAUCAACGUGGGAAUCAGUGAAUCGAUAUCAACAACAUCAACUGCGAGUCACAAGGCGCCUCUAGAUCUGGCUC